AGUAAAGGCAGAAAGGUUCCUUCCUCGAUACCCGUGACUUACAGAAAGCCGCAGGCAUUCAAACUGAGCAUCUCAAGUCAAAGUUAAGUGUCACAAGUAUAACAAUAAUAUUUUAAAAAAAUAAUAAUAUUCAUUUUAUUAUUAACAGAGUUUAAGUGAUAUAUAUCUCAAUAAAAUGCGGAAAAAUAGUGCUAAAAAAAGAGAAACAAAAAAUUUAAAUGAAAUUCUAAUAAAACAACAACAACAACAACAACAACUGCCACAACAACCACAACAACCACAAGUGCAACAACAACAACCAAAAAAUAUAAAAAAAUGGAAAUUAAUAUUAUCAUCAAUUGAUAAAUUAAAAAAUAAAUUUGAAAAUUCAUUAAAUUUAAAAUACGAUGAAAUAUCAUUUGAUAAAUUUGUUAAUUAUAUGUAUAAGCCAACUGAUGCAGCAAGUCUUGGUGUUUGUCGUGCACUAUUUGGAUUGUGCAUGGUACUUGAUGUCGUUGAAGAACGUGGUCUAGCAGAUAUUGAUCUUAAAUGGGGUGAUCCUUAUGGUUGUCAUUUUCCAUUAAUAAAUGGUAUGAAACCACCAUCAUUAGCAUGGAUGAUUGUAAUAUAUACAAUAAUGUGGAUAGGUUCAUUUGGUAUAAUGCUAGGUUUUUUUUUUAAACUAUCAUGUGCAUUAUUUUUAAUACCAUAUUGGUAUAUAUUUUUACUUGAAAAAAGUUAUUGGAAUAAUCAUACGUAUCUUUAUGGUUUAAUAUGUUUAUUAUUAUGGGGAACAAAUGCAAAUAGGUAUUUUUCAAUUGAUGCAAAAUUAAAUAAUAAAAAUAAUGAUGAUAAUAAUAGUGUACCAUAUUGGAAUUAUUUUAUAAUUAAAUUUCAAUUUUUUAUACUUUAUUUUAUUGCUGGAUUAAAAAAAUCAAGUAAAGAAUGGCUUGAAGGUUAUUCAAUGACAAAUUUAUCACAACAUUGGGUAUUUGAUCCAUUUAAAUUAUUUUUAACAAAUGAACAAACUGAUUAUUUUAUUGUUCAUUGGUUUGGUUUUAUAUUUGAUUUAACUGUUGGUUUUUGGAUGUUAUUUGAUAAAACAAGAGCACCAGCAAUGUUUUUUUGUGCUGCAUUUCAUUUUAUGAAUUCACGUUUAUUUAGUAUUGGAAUGUUUCCAUAUGUUUGUUUAGCAACAAUGCCAUUAUUUUGUAAUGUUGAAUGGCCAAGAAAAAUUCAUUUAUAUAUUAAAGAUAUAUUGACAUUUAAUAAUAAUAAAAGCACAAAUAUUUGUGAAAAUGAAAAAGAAAUAAAUGCUGAUACUUUAUCAUCAAGAACAACAACAAUACUAUCAUCAACAUCAUCAUCAUCAUCUUCAUCAACAUCAUCAGUUUAUGAUGAAAAUUUAUAUCAAGAAAAAAAACCAAGUGAUGGUAGAAUGUAUGAUAAAAUACAAAAAGAAUUAAAAACUAAAAAUGAUAAUAAUAAUUGUUUAAAACCAAUAAUACCAUGGUUACCAAGACCAGAAGGUUAUACUAUGAAAAAAAAUGAUAAACCAACAUUUAAAAAAAAAUUUGUUGUUGUAUUAUUAUUAUUUUAUAUUGGUAUACAAUUUUUUUUACCAUAUUCACAUUUUAUAACAAAAGGUUAUAAUAAUUGGACACCAGGUUUAUAUGGUUAUUCAUGGGAUAUGAUGUUACAUUCAUGGGAUCCAAUAUUAAUUGUUGUACGUGUACAUGAUAAUAAAAAUAAUGAAGAUCAUUUUAUUGAUUCACAAGCAUGGGUACCAAAUGAUCGUUGGACAAGACACGGUGAUAUGGUUAUACAAUAUGGACAAUGUUUAAAAAAAAAUAUAUUACGUAGAAAAAAUGAAACAUUAAAAUAUAAUAAUAAAAAAAUAACAACAACAACAACAACAACAACAAAAACAAAAACAAUUGAUGAAUGGAAUAAAAUAUCAUCAAAUAUAAGUAUUUAUGUUGAUAUUAGAUAUUCAUUAAAUGGAAGAUUUCAACAACGUAUAUUUGAUCCAACAGUUGAUAUAUUAAAAGUUAAUUGGAAUCCAUUUAAAAAUGUAAAUUUUUUAAUGCCAUUAUUAACACAAUUUAGUUCAUAUAGAAAAAAAAUGAAUGAAAUAACAAAACAUGUUUAUUCAUGGUCAAAUUAUACUGAUGUUAUAUUUGUUGCUGAUUAUCCUGGUACUAAAUUUGAAAAUUUUUUUAAUAAAGAAUUUACAAAUGUAUCAUUACAAGUAUUAACUGGUGAAGUAACAUAUUCAGAAGAAUCAUGGAAUGAUAAAAUAACUGUUAAUAAAAAUCAACGUGUUAUUGUUGCAACUGAUAAAUUACAUUAUAUUACAACAACAAGUGUUUAUCCUGCUUGUUAUAUGUAUACAUAUACAAAUAGAACAAAAGAAGAAUUAGAAAUAAAUGGAACUACUGAAUCACCAAAAAAACGAACUGGUUUUCCAUUGUUAAAAGAAUUAAAAUAUAGAAUAAACAAUUGGUGGCAGGCACUUGGCCAAAUUGCAAAUGCCUUUCUUCAUCUUAUUUACGAUGUACCAAUGAUGAGACGUGUACCAAAAACUCCAAACUACCAUGACAAUUACUAAAAAUACUAAUCAUCCAAAAAAAAAAAAAAAAAAAUCAUUUAUCGACCAAAACAGUAUUUUUUA